CCUGGCGAACCGUUUGUGCUUUUUUUUUUUUAUUUUUCGUGGGUAAUUCUGUAGCUGCAGACCGAGAAGAAUGCAACCACUUCAACCGUUUCAGAUAUUCUCCUUCGUCUGCCUGUUUGCACUCAGCAGCGGUGCCAUCAAAUCAUCGGAACCGAACUUAAUUACCAAAUUAACGCCUGCGAACAGCGCGACGUAUGAAGACAGUGCCAAAGAUCUGACAUCAGCCGCCAGUGAUCGAACGUUCCAUAUUAGCAAGGAGUAUGGCCAGCCAGGAUAUGGUGGGGGCGUGCCGUACGGAACUUAUUACGGCUCGAGUUACGGUCCCGGCGCAGGAUACCGAGGAACUGGAUUGAACCCGGGAUAUCUGAAUACAGGGUACAGGGGUUAUCCGGGCAGUGGACUUGGAGGAAUUAUCGGAGGCGGCCACGUAGGGUAUGGCUAUUACGGUGGAUAUAAUCCCAGUUACGGAGGCUACGGGUCUGGUGGUUACGGUGGAUACGGCGGUUACGGGAACGGGUUAGGCGGCUACGGUACGUACGGUACCGGAAGUUACGGGUCGGGUUACGAUGAUGGAUACAGCAACGUUGGUUAUGGACGCGGUGGUUACGGACGGUACGGCGGGUACGAUGGUUAUGGGUACGGAUCAGGUUACGGUGGUUACGGCGGAUCGAACUACGGAUCGACGUACAACACGAGGAGCAACUACGACCCUUACACUAACUAUCACGGCACCAGCUACGGAAGUUACAGUUAUCCGUCGGGGUACAGGGGUUAUUCUUAGUUCAUUUUUUUCGAGAUUGAACUGCAAAUAUUAAACGUGUUAACCCGCUCACUGUAUUUUUUAAGUAUGUUGUAUACAAAUUUUUUCUAUCAAAU